AUGUAUAAAUGCCUAAUCAAGCUGUCCUUGCAUCAGAGGACAGCCCAGGGGACAGGGAGCAGGAUGGCUCACGGCAUCCUGGGGCUCCUGCGGCCCUUGCAGAGCAGACUGAGCGCCAGCAGAACUCGCCUGGUUCUUCUGUGUGCUGAGACUGAGCAGCACCAGGGCCCAGCAAGGGGCUGGGCAGAGAGAGCCUUCAGCUCCACGCACCAGGAUGCCCCUGGGGACUCCAGCUCUGAGGAUCGGGUGACAGUGCAUUUUAUAAAUCGGGAUGGAGAGCGACUAACGACCACAGCCAAAGAAGGGGAGAGCUUGCUGGAGGUGGUAGUCAAUCACAACUUGGCCAUCGAUGGAUUUGGUGCCUGUGAAGGGACAUUAGCCUGCUCUACCUGUCACCUCAUCUUUGACAAGGAGACCUUCCAAAAGCUUAAUGCCAUCUCAGAUGAAGAACUAGACAUGCUGGACUUGGCAUAUGGACUCACUGACACAUCACGCCUUGGCUGCCAGGUGUGCGUUAAGAAGUGGAUGGAUGGUGUGACAUUGAGGGUCCCCAUGGAUGUGUCGGACAUGAGGAGGCAGCUGGAGGUUGGAAAGCAAAGCAAACAGUGA